AUUGUGCGACACCCCGUUCCGGCGGAAGGUUGGAGGAGUUUUCAUCAUGGCGUCCGGAGCAGGAGAGACACCCAGCGGGCACGACGCCGAACUAGACGAAUUGCUGGACAGUGCGCUGGAUGACUUUGACAAAGCGUCUGCCCCUCCGCCUCCUGGACCCAAGGCUCCAUCCUCCUCUUCCAGCCAUGGAGCAGAGAAGCCGCCGCCACUGCUCGAGGACUGCAAGCUCUUCGAGACGCUGUUUGAGGGCGACAUGGCGACCCAAGCCCAGCAGGAGUGGGAGAAAGCCAUGACGGAGCUGGCCCAGGAGGAGCCCGACCUGCUCCAUCACUUUCAAAAACUCUCAGAAGCGGCCGGCAAAGUUGGUACUGACACUGCCUCCCAACAAGAAUUCACGUCCUGCCUCAAGGAAACGCUCCGUGGCCUCGCCAAGAACGCAGACAACCUGCAGACUUCAGGACUUGCCGGAGACGAUCUCGUCAAAGCUCUGGAAGGCUUGGGAUUGGACGAGAGUGGAGAAGCCGGCGGCGGCGGUGAGGACGGUAACAUCCUUCCCAUCAUGCAGUCCAUCAUGCAGAAUCUCCUUUCCAAGGAUGUGCUUUACCCGUCCCUUAAAGAGAUUACCGCUAAGUAUCCAGAGUGGUUGGACGCCCACAAGGCCAGCCUGAGCUCAGAGGACUUCCAGCGCUAUGAGCAGCAGGCUAAGAUUAUGGGAGAAAUCUGCCUGCAAUUUGAGAAGGAGGACGACAAGGAAGCUGCCUUUGAAAGCAUCAUGGAUCUCAUGCAGAAGCUACAGGAUCUUGGCCAACCUCCCAAAGAGCUGGCCGGCGACGCCCCUCCUGGCUUAAACUUUGAUAUGGAGUCCCUCAACCUCCCUGGAGCUCUCGGGGCUGGGGCGGCGGAGCAGUGCUCUGUCAUGUGACAAGGCAUCGGCUCACUCCGAGCUGGCGGCGAGGAUGUUGUUAAUGAUGGCGAUGAACCAAGCGUCUGGUGGGAGUCUGACAGUGAUGCGGUCCACGUUGGGCCUCAAAUCCUAAAUGAAACGGGUGUGGAGGCCGGGUCAUACCAACACGCAUACACACUCUGGUCUGUUAAAGCCACUCACAUGAGAACAUUUUAACAUGGCUACUUUUUUUAUUUUAACUGCAUUCCCUCCAAAUGAGUGUACCUAACACUGCCCCUCUCUUAAAAUACUGUAAAGACAAGUCGACACGCUUCUUUCUGUUUUGUCUCGUCAUAGCACAGAAAAUGAUCCAGUAACAAGAUUAGUGUUCCUUUGUCAUCAUCCUUAAACAUGGUCUUUGUGCUGAAUACUUGGGAAAUAUGUAAUGCAUUAGAGAAAAAAAAUGAUCAUUAAGAAUUGAUGGUUCCCUCAGUGUAAUAUUUCCUCAGGUGUUCCCAUUUGGAGGUAAUGAUCCGAAGUGAUUGACGUGAUUCCUGACUGCCUUUUUUGCUUUGCUUUCAUCAAGUGCUGGGUUACUGUUUUUUUUUUUUUUUUUUUAAUUGUGAAGAUUUCAGUAGGUCUUAAUCACCAUAGUACUAACUACAUCUCCUGUGUGUGUCAUCCCAAAUUAAAAGGUACAUUAGUAGAGGCCUUAAAAUCCAGAGCGCUUUGUAGAUUGAAGUGGCCAGGCACCAGCAGACGGUUCUUCUGUGUGAACAUAGAGACAGAUCCAGAAAGCACAGGGCAAAUAAACCAGCAGACUGGCAUCAUUGUGUGUGGAAUAAAGCGGUCAUUGCAAAGGAUGCGGUCGGCCAUGCAGAGAAAAGGUUGACGUGUGCAUCAGUUUUCCAUCAUGCAAUCCAUUCAACACUCGGGGGGCCAAACUAGCACAUACUGUGGCUUUAUUUUGCUAACAACUAUUUAAUUUUUUGCCCAAUUUUGUAAAUAUACAAAAUAAAGAAAUUAUAUGAUGAUGAACGUUUGU